GAUUUGCACGAUGACGUGGGGACUAAAGGCCUUUCCAAGGGUCACUGCCGGGAAGGCACCCUCGCCCAGCCCCGCUGCCAGCAACAUGGUGUCUCUGACCGACUUCCAGCGGAUCGGUGUGGGACUGGUUGGCUUCGGCCUCUUCUUUGUCCUUUUUGGGAUGCUCUUGUACUUCGACUCAGUGCUCCUGGCCUUUGGGAACAUCCUCUUCCUCUCUGGCUUGGUCUUCAUCAUCGGCUUCAGGAGGACCUUCACCUUCUUCUUCCAGCGGCCAAAGCUGAAGGGCACCAGCUUCUUCCUCGGGGGGGUCCUCAUCGUCCUGCUGCGGUGGCCUCUCCUGGGCAUGCUGCUGGAGGCUUAUGGCUUCAUCACCCUCUUCAGGAGUUUUUUCCCAGUGGCUUUUGGGUUUUUGGGCUCGCUGGUAAACAUCCCUGUGCUGAGCAAGCUCCUGCAGAAGGUGGGAGACAGCGGCUCCGUGGUGUGACCUGUGAGAUAGGCUGGAUCGCUGGAGAUGGGAUGGCACAAGCGAGCACUGGGUCCAGCUCUCCCACGGUGGGCUGCUGCCUCUCAGCCCUGGGACCCUCAGUGCUGGUCGGAGCCACCCCUGCUCUGGGGACGGUGCCUCACCGCCCUGUGGGGCUCCCACAGGAGCUCCUGAGCAAGGCUCCGGGGACCAAGCACUGUGCCAGGCAGGCUUCUGGACGUAUUAGCAUUAUUUUAUUCUUUCUGUCUUCCCCUGUGGAAAGAUUUAAUUAAAAUUGUGUCUGAGACUGAGCUCAGACUGUGCUCCUUUCCUGUGGCUCAAGGCUUGCUCCAGCUCUGGCAUCUCCUAAUGUCACCAAGAGCAUCAUGGCCACGGCUGGAGGUGGCCCAGGGACCUUCCCAUGGCCACAGCUGGAGGUGGCACAAGGACCUUCCCAUCGCCACAGCUGGAGGUGGCACAAGGACCUUCCCAUGGCCAUGACUGGAGGUGGCACAAGGACCUUCCCAUCGCCGCAGCUGGAGGUGGCACAAGGACCUUCCCAUGGCCAUGACUGGAGGUGGCACAAGGACCUUCCCAUUGCCACGGCUGGAGGUGGCCCAGGGACCUUCCCAUGGCCAUGACUGGAGGUGGCCCAGGGACCUUCCCAUGGCCAUGACUGGAGGUGGCAUGGGGACCUUCUGGUGGCCGUGGCUCCCGGCUGCCCUUGCCAUGAGCUCCAGCUGGCUCGGUUGGCCCUGGCUUACAGGCAGGGGCAGUGGCAUUGCCUUCCCAUGUGUCCCGCAGGGAUGUGGGCUGCGGAGGGCAGAGCCCAGGGAGCCACGGGAGAGGGCAGAGAAGGUUAGGAAAACACCCAUUAGACCACAUUAACAUUUCAUGACCUGAUCAGAGGAGAGUAAAUUAUCCUGUUCAAAUUCAGCGACCAUGAAAAAGCAAAUGACAUCUGGGGUUAUUAAUUAAUUGAGAGAUGCUGGGGUGGGAGGGGGGACCUGGAGCAAAUCCACGGAGUUACAGUGCUGACAUCUCUGAGCACUAUGGGCCAGGACUUGCAUUUCCCAUAGACCCGUUUCCUGUGGGAUGAGGUCGGGACGGAGCAGAGCUGGACCCGAUGGCUGCUGCCUGGCUGGCCGGAGCUGGUGGGAGCCACAGCGGCGGUGGUGGACACUGGGACAGCUCUGCCGGGGUUUGAGCCAGGGCAACAUCUCCAGCACCUGAUGCCCACCCCAAUGCCAGCGUGGGUGCUGGGGGAGCUGGCUGCUACCCAUCACCUGGAUGUCUGCACCACUCUGGAGAUCCCAUGGCUUACACCGCAGGGGGGGUCCAGCCCUAUCCACUGGCAUUCAAAGCACCUUUUCAUCUGCUGUGCAUCCUUGCAGCCCCAGCACACCUCCUGGGAGGGCAAUGGGAAGCUGCUGCUUUCCAGCCUGUUCCUGCAGGGACAGAAAGGGGCUGUUCUGGGUGGCUGCUGGGGUCCCAUCACAUGGCAUCACCUACCAUGUCCCCUCUGUGUCCUCUCUGCAGCUGAUUUGACCUCAAGAACCGUUCAGGCCCAGGUACAUCAGGUGCUUUUAAACACUGCUCGAGGCAGGACCUGUGCUGCUGGAUGCUCUGGGGGACGAGCAUCUCCCGGUGUGAGAGGCUGGCUGCUUGCAGGGAGACCUUCAUGGCCGGCAGGAAUCUGAGGACAGCACAAAGCUCUCCUAGCUUAAUGUCAGAUGAUUCUAAAGAAGCUAUUUUUUUCGGGCUGCAGAAACUCCUCUCCCUAGGAGCACAGCCGGCACUGCCAGAGAACUGGUUGGAUAACUCAGCGGGUCUGUGCGAUCAGAGACACGAGCUGAAUGGAUGUGAGCCAGGUUUCUAUGAGCACUUGGGAAGCCGGGUGCAAGCAAAAAGUUUAAUUAAACCAAGGCAAUCACAUCAAA